GCCGAACGAGCCCGGAGCGACCUGAGUUCAGUCCGGGUCUGGUGCACACCUGCAUCAUCAAGAUUGUUGGCGAAGCAUUGCGCACGCUUCAGGACAAUUCAGCAUCGCGUGGGUAUCGGUAGAGUUGGGAUUCCUCCGUUAUUUGUCGACUUUUAACCUUUCUUGACAACCCCGAGAAUUAUGGCGCCCACGCUUGCGACAAGUCCCUUGGGGACACCAUCAGCACCACUACCCGCCGAUGCAUCGCUAUGGGAUCGGAUCUCAACAUGGGUCUCCGAGCAUAAGGCCGUGGUCUACACCAUUGCCGGUGUGGCUGUCGUCGUCACAACUGCCGGCGCCGUCUACUAUGUUCGCAAUGCGCCCAGUCAGGACACAACACCCAAGCUCAGCAAGAAGGAGAGGCGGAAACGCAAGCAGGCCGAGAGGGAAGCAGCAGCGGAGAAAGCGUCUGCCUCGGCAAAACAGGCGGAGGCUUCCACUGCCACGUCCAAGGCUGCGUCUGUCGAGUCCGCCGACGAGCUGCCCGAGAUCGACGAGACCACCGUCCAGACACUUUCCGAGGCCCAGCGCAAAGAGUACGCCCAGAAGCUGAAGGAGGCUGGCAACAAGGCCUACGGGGCCAAGGAGUUCCAGAAGGCCAUUGGUCUCUACUCAAAGGCCAUCCUCUGCAAGCCCGACCCGGUCUACUACUCGAACAGGGCGGCGUGCUACAACGCGCUCAGCGAUUGGGAGAAGGUCGUUGAGGACACCACAGCCGCCAUCAAUCUAGAUCCCGAGUACAUCAAGGCACUCAACCGCCGCGCGAAUGCGUACGAUCACCUGGGCAAGUACAGCGAGGCGCUUCUCGAUUUCACUGCCAGCUGCAUCAUUGACGGGUUCCGGAACGAGCAAAGCGCGCAGGCUGUCGAGCGCCUGCUCAAGAAGUUCGCCGAGACGAAAGCCAAGGAGAUCCUCAAGACCAAGCCUGCCAAGCUGCCGAGCUCGACCUUCGUCGGGAACUACCUGCAGAGCUUCCGCACGAAGCCUCGCCCGGUUGGGUUGGAGGACUCGGUCGAGCUCGAUGAGGAGAGCGGCCUAGGCCAGCUUCAGAAGGGUCUGAAGGCACUGGAGAGCAAGACAGGACCGGGUUACGAAGAGGCUGCCGAGGCCUUUGACAAGGCGUUGGAGUUGGGCGACCUUGGCCCUCACGAGGCGUACGCGUACAACCUUCGCGGCACCUUCCGCUGCCUCAAGGGCAAGCACGAGGAGGCGCUGGCAGAUCUGUCCAAGAGCAUUGAGCUAGACCCCGAGUUGACCCAGAGCUACAUCAAGCGAGCGAGCAUGAAUCUGGAGCUGGGUGCUCCCGAGAAGGCCGAGGAGGACUUCGCCGCCGCCCUAUCCAAGAAUGCCGAGGACCCCGACAUCUACUACCACCGUGCUCAACUGCACUUCAUCAAGGGCGAAUUUGCCGAGGCGCAGAAGGAUUACCAAAAGUCAAUCGACCUCGACCGUGACUUCAUCUUCUCCCACAUCCAGCUCGGCGUGACUCAGUACAAGAUGGGCUCCAUCGCUUCGUCAAUGGCCACCUUCCGGCGCUGCAUGAAGAACUUUGAAAAGACCCCCGAUGUGUACAACUACUACGGCGAGCUGCUUCUCGACCAGGGCAAGUACCACGAGGCGAUUGAGAAAUUCGACACAGCCAUUGAGCUCGAGCGCGAGACUAAGCCCACCUGCAUGAAUGUGCUGCCACUCAUCAACAAGUCCCUCGCCCUGUUCCAGUGGAAGCAGGACUUCUCCGAGGCCGAGAAGCUUUGCGAAAAGGCUCUGAUCAUUGACCCCGAGUGUGACAUUGCUGUUGCCACCAUGGCCCAGCUGCUCCUCCAGCAGGGCAAGGUGACCGAGGCCCUCAAGUACUUUGAGCGCGCUGCCGAGUUGGCUCGCACCGAGGGCGAGCUGGUUAACGCCCUCUCGUAUGCCGAAGCCACCCGAACCCAGAUUCAGGUCCAGGAGAAGUACCCCAAGCUGGCAAGCAAGCUUCAAGGUAUGGGCCAAGGAAUGAUGCGGUAAAUGUUGUAUUCAUCAGUUGAAUGUGACGGUUGGUCAAGGCGGGCAAUAAUCAGACUACCUCCUG